GGCCACGGCUUUCGUUGCCCUCCUUCUCGCGCUCGUACAAGGAGAAGAACAGGACGACGAGGAGCGCAGCCGAUCGGGGCGGCAGAAUGGCUGCACCGGAGGCGCCGCUCUGCUACGUCGGAGUCCUUAGGGACUCAGCCGCCUUCCGCCUCAUGAAGCAAAUGGGAUGGGAGGAAGGUGAGGGCCUUGGCAAGGAGAAACAAGGAAUUAAAGGCCAUAUAAAGGUCUCUAAAAAACAAGAUACAACAGGUAUAGGUCUUGACAAGGCUGCUGAUAAAUGGCAAUUCGACACAUCCACAUUUGAUGAGAUUCUGAAAAGAUUGGCAGUGAAAAUACCAGAAGAUGAGGACACUGGAAAAAAUCGAGAUAAUGCAAGCAGUUGUAAAUCGGAAGAGACCCCUGCAUCAAAAUCAACUAGACCACAAGGAAGAUACAAGAGAAGGGAGAAGGGGAAGCUAGUGAAUUCAUACUCAGAGAAAGACCUUCAAGAGAUUCUGGGCAGCACAAACAAACCUAGUGAGGAGGCAUUGCAUGAUGAGAAGCCGUUAAGUGUGUCAGAGGUUCUUGUUUACCAUGCAGAAGAAACUGUGAAGAAAGAUGUUCCUUUGGAUUGGUGGGGACACAGGAACGGUUUUGUAUGGGGAGGUCUCCUUGGAACAAGAUCUGCCAGGGAGAAGGCUCUGGCUUCCAGGAAAUCUGAGUGUUCAUCUGCCAAACCAAUUCAAAUAGCUGCUUUUGCUGAGCAAGACCAGGAAAACCUUUACAAACUUGUUCAGGAUAAGGCCACCUCAGGAAAGCAGGGCCUUGGCAUAAAAAGUCAACCUAAGAAGAUUGCUGGAAGCUACUGGAAGGGGAAGAAGACCUCUUUCGAUGAUACUGAUGAUGAGGAUGUCAUUGACUGUGGUGGUUCACGGAAGCUCAGGGGCAAAGAUGAUAGGGAUGUUGCUGAUAAUGGUGGUUCACGAAAGCGAAAGGUUGAGACUAUUGAAACAGGACAGGAACCAAAGCCCAAGCUAAAAAAGCUGUGUAAAGUGAUAUUAUCUCAGGUUCCUGGGAACGCAAUGAAGGUUAAAGAUCUUAAAGUACUUGCGCAGGCACAUGCAUCUUCUUUCUUUUCUGAUUUCACCUCUGGGCGUGAAGCUGUAUCAUAUUUGAAGCAGAAGCUAGGAAGCAGCCGAAAGUUUAAAGUGGAUGGCAAGAUAGUGAGUCUCACAUAGCAGAUUAGAGAAAAUUCGUGGUUAACCCCUGUUAUGGAAGAGGCAGAACUUGUUAUGUAAGAGAUUGGAUUUAAUUGGACAUAGGGCUGCACCUAUACUGCAUAUUGUUUAAUCCGCGUGUCCUGAUGGCUGUAAAGGGGGCAGGUCUCCCUCCCUUGCUAAAGCGAGACUGAGAUUUUGUAGGCACGUUAGUUUUAUAUUGCAUUUGUUGCGGUUGGCUGCUAGGACGGUUGGCUGCUAGGAUGGUUGAUAGUUUGUCUUCAAGGUUUUGAGUUUGGGCUGCUGAGUUGAAUAACGUGAUAUGCUGAUUGUUUUAAAUAAAUUACUCUAAGAUAAUUUAUGCUUUCCGUCAA